CACGCCCCUCCACCACCACCACCACCCUACAUCGCCAGCACCACAGCAUGGGGAACGAUGAUGGAGGUUUGGACAAAGGGGAAUAAUGUGUGGAGACAACUUGAGUUCUCGCCCUCCUCGUCCUCGUUUGGCAAGGCUGGGCUGUCCAAGGCUGCGGAUGAGGAGGGGAGAAAUGAGGGAGAGGAUGAGGAGGGGGAGGAGAGGGAGCCACGCGAUUUGGAUGUGUAUGGGAAGGUGUUUGAGGCAGAGGGGAUGGAGUGGGUUAGGAGUGAUGGGUUUGGGUGUAUUGUGAAAUACAACUCAUCCUCCUACGCCAUAGCGGGGUCGCCGACCCCGUUCCUCCUCCUCAGCCUCGAAGAGGGAAAUGUGGGGCGGCAUCAAAAUGCGCUCGUGGAGAGGCAUGCAGAAGCACUUAAGCGGAAUGGGAUGGAUAAGGGAUGGGCAGUUUCGGGGACGGGGAUGGUCGUUGACACAACAGGCACGCGCACCCAACUCCCCCUCUCCCUUUCCCACUCCCCCACAACCCUCACCUUUCCACCACCCCUCUCCCUCCCAGAAGACACCACACUAAUAACCGCUGGCACAACCCACUUCGCCGCCCUCACCGCCAGCGGCAUCCUCUACACCUGGGGCGACCCGCGCCAUCCCUCACCCCUUGGCCGCCACUGCUCCUCCUCAUCUUCCAACUCCUCCGAUGAUAUGCCAGCCGAUGAACCAGGCGUCGUAACCGCGCUGGAGGGUAUACCAGGCGGCGGAGUCGUCAAGGUAGUCGCGGGUGGUUACGUGACAGCUGUGCUGACGGGGGAGGGGGGGUGUUAUGUUACGGAUGGUGGGACGGGGGAGGUUGAGUGUGUAGAGUUUGAUGUUGUGGAUGUGGCGGUUUGGGAAGGGGGGGUGGGGGUGUUGGAUAUGGAGGGGGGAUGGUGGGUUAGGGGGUCAACAGAGAAGGGGAGUGAGGGGGGAGGAGAUGAGGGCAAAGGAGAGGAGAGUGAGGGAGGGUGGAGAAGGGUUGAUUUGAGUGGGGUUUUAGGGGAGGAAGGGAGGGUGAGAGAGGUGUUUGGGGGGGAAAAGGCGAGUUUUUUGGUUGUGGAGAGGGAUGUGCGAGGACCGAGGCUACUAUAA